UCCUUGUUUGCUUGGUUUGAAAGACAACUGAUUAAAAGUUUUUUGAGCCAGAGCCGCAGUUAAUCUACACACAUACUCAUGACUUUAAUAGAAAUACGGGAUCGUAGCUUACACAGAGUGUAAUGGCAGAGCAAUCUGAAUUCAGAUGUGGUCCGUGUGAAUCAAGAAAUCUAAGUAAUAAUGCUCUUUUAUGGUGCUCUGUUUGUGAAGAAGGGUUGUGCACAGAAUGCUCCGAGUAUCAUAAAGUUUCAAAAUCGUCACGACAACAUAGCACUUUACCAAUACAGAACUACCAAGAUCUGCCAGAGUUUUUUCGUACUUUAAGUAAAACAUGUCUCCUGCACGGAGAACCACUUGUCUUGUAUUGUGGAACACACCAGGAGCCUGGUUGUGCUGAAUGCAUAGCAUUUCAACAUACAAAGUGUAUUGGUGUAACUCUGCUCAGCCAAACAGUUAAAGGAAUAAAAGAGUCUGAAUAUAUUUCGGGUACAAAGAGACAGAUUAGAGGCUUAAAAACAAGCAUGGAAGAAAUGAAACAAAAUCGGCAUGCAAACAUCGAUCGUCUGCAGCAACAACGUUUCUCGAUUUGUGAGGAAAUAACAAGAUAUAGAGACACUGUCAACAAGCAGUUAGAUAUCAUCGAAGCCAAAAUUCAGAAAGAAUUGUUAGAAACUGUAGCGUCAGAAUCAAAGAAAUGUAAAAAAGCAGAAGAAAUAUUAGAAGGUCAAUUGUCGAAAAUUGUUGACCUCGAAAAAAGUAUUUCAAAAAUUGAAAAUUAUGGAAAUGAAGAGCAUGUGUUUUUAGGUAUGACAUACUUGAAAAAUUGUCUUCUUACUGAAGAACAAGAGUUAAAAUUGAAUACAAAACAAGAUGAUUUUCAGGAGAAACACAUUGAUUUAGUUUUGACUGAAGAAAUGAAAAUUUUCAGGAAUAUUUUCUGUAUGGGAAAUAUCAAACUCAGUAACAAACCUAAUCCUGUAUUAUAUAUCGAGACAAAACAAGUGACCGCACAGAUGUUUUCUUCAAGUGUCAUAAAUUCUUUAGAAAUAAAAGUAACUAGCAUUAAAAAAGGGCCAACUUUUCAUCGGUUUUACGAAGAUGAGGUUGUUAACAUUCGUAGCCUGAUUCAGUUGCCAGAUGGUAGGAUUGUGCUUGCAAUUGCUGAUGAGAACGAAAGCAAGGGGUACAUUGAUGUGUUUGAUUCCAACGGCAGUAUUAUAACGAGGAAAAAACACAUUUCAUGUCCUUUUGGUAUCUCUUGGAUAAACAAUAAGCUCUUAGUUUCUUCUAACAAAGCAAAAAUACUUGCAACUUUAGACUCCAAAACCUUUUCAUUGGGUUCCACAGUUUUAAAAGGCAGUAUUUAUGGUCUAUCGUGUGAUGGUGACACACUAGCUAUUGCUGUUAGGGGGAAAGGCAUUGUAUUGGCUGAUAAAGAAGGAACCCCAAUAAAAACAAUAACAACAAUUAUAAACAGUCAUCUUGCAUACAUACAUCUAUGCAAAAAUAAAUUAUUUUACACUGACUAUAACGAUAACUACUUGUACUGUUUAGAUUUAAAUGGUGAAGAACUUUGGAAAUCGACUUUUGAAGAAAUAAAAGGCCCUAGAAAUAUUUGCACUGAUGAGUCUGGAAAUAUAUUCGUUGCUGCAACCGAAUCGAAUGCAGUAUAUGUCAUAUCAGCAGAUGGCAGCAAGUUUAUGAAACUUCUUGGACAGGACGAUGGGAUGAGUGAACCAAAAGCAAUUUACUUUAAUCAACUUAAUUCAGAGUUAAUAGUGGCGAACAAACGUGGAAAUUUCUUCAUUUGCAGUCUUCAGUUCCAAUAAUGGAAACUGAAAGUUUAAAUUGAUUGUAAAAAUCAUAACUUUAAAAUCAGUUUCAUGAUUCAAAUGGACAUUUACAUUAAUGCAUUAAUGGUGCCCUUGAAUACAAAAAUCAAAUUUAAUAUUGACUUAUUGAUAGAUCUUAUCUUGCUGACCACUUGUGCUGUGGACAGUUUCUCACUAACAAUCAUACUUUUCGCGAAAUCAGCAAAAAAAUAAUUUAAAAAGUGCGUGUAAAUCGUCAUUAAAUGCAAAUAUGAGUUGAUUGUCAAUUUAAAUCAUGUUGUAGAUCGUAUUUCGCUUAUUUUGUUGAUAAUUAUAACUGAUUACAGUU